AUGAGCAAAACUGAAGCACAACAGCAUUCAAAACUCAUGGCUUCAUCCAAGAUAAUUCUUGGUGCAAUCUUAAUUGCUUCUUUCUACUUAGCUGCCUCCCUCGCAUUCCCUGGUCACCAUGAGGGUGCCUAUCCAAUUGGUAACAGCCCAAAUCCAGGUCUUUCUCCAGACUACUACAAGCUCACAUGCCCACAAGCUGAUGAGAUUGUGGUGUCUGUACUAAAGAAGGCUAUUGCAAAGGAACAAAGGAUAGCCGCUUCCCUUCUCAGGCUCCUAUUUCAUGACUGCUUUGUUCAGGGGUGUGAUGCAUCAGUUCUUUUGGAUGACACUGAGGAAGUCAUAAGCGAGAAAAAUGCUAUUCCCAAUAAGAAUUCUAUUAGGGGGUUUGAGGUUAUAGAUGAGAUCAAAGCCGCACUUGAAGAAGCAUGUCCACAUACAGUCUCUUGUGCUGACACUAUUGCUCUAGCAGCCAGAGGUUCAACAGUGUUGAGUGGUGGACCAUAUUGGGAACUUCCGCUAGGGAGGAGGGACUCAAAGGCAGCAAAUAUGAAGCUAGCAAAUAAGAACCUUCCUCCACCAAAUGCAACACUACAUCAUCUUAUCAAGUUUUUCCAAAGGCAAGGACUCGAUAAGGUGGACCUUGUGGCACUAUCAGGAAGCCACACUAUUGGAAUGGCCAGAUGUGUGAGUUUCACACAACGGCUCUACAAUCAACAUAGAGAUAACAGACCAGACAUCACGCUAGAGAAAAGGUUCUAUUACACAUUGGUGUCGACGUGCCCACGCACUGGUGAUGAUAACAAGAUACGUCCACUAGAUUUUGUCAGUCCUUCGAAAUUUGAUAACAGCUAUUAUAAGUUGAUAUUGAAGGGAAAAGGGCUUCUUAAUUCAGAUCAAGUUUUAUGGACAGGAAAAGACCCAGAAAUAGCAGAUCUUGUUAGAAGCUAUGCGGAAAACGAGUCAUUGUUCUUCGAACAUUAUGUGAAUUCAAUAAUCAAAAUGGGGAACAUAAACCCCCUCAUGGGUUACAAUGGAGAAAUCCGCAAGAACUGUCGUAGGAUUAAUCAGGAGAUCUAGUCAUCAAAAGGCUUCAGUUUGAAUCAGGUUCUUUUGCAUGUGAUCAACCAUUUAAUUUACAUGAUAUGCCAAUUUAAAUGUCAGCAUGCUAAUGUGUGGUGGCAUAAGAUGUAACUGCAACUUCAAUUUGCUUUUUUUUCCCCAUUUGCCAAUGUAA